UCGAUUGGGAGGCAGAGCCCAAGGAUCGUGUCUUAUCCUGCCCAUAACUUAUGUUCCGGGAGAUCCAAUCUUCAUACCACGGCAGUGGUGUCUAUGGGCUCAGCUGACCACCGGUUCAACCUGGCUGAGAUCCUGUCCCAGAACUACGGAGUACAGGAAAAGACGGAGGACGAGGAGGACGAGCAGCAAGACCAUCCACAGGAGAAAGCAAAGCCUUUGGAAGAGCUAGAGAAGAGCUUCAAUGCCUCCCAGAACAGUGAGAUGCCCUUUGAAGAGCUGCUGGCACUCUACGGCUACGAGGCCUCCGACCCCAUCUCUGAGCAGGAGAGCGAGAGCAAUGACGCAACACCCAACCUGCCAGACAUGACCCUGGACAAGGAGCAGAUAGCAAAGGACCUGCUUUCUGGGGAAGAGGAAGAGGAGACACAGUCUUCAGCAGAUGAUCUGACUCCUUCAGUCACUUCUCAUGAUGCUUCAGACCUUUUCCCCAAUCAGACCGGCUCUAAUUUUGUUGCAGAUGGGGACAAGGCCCCUUGCUCCUCCCCUUGUGCUUCCUUCUCAGCUGAAGACUCUGAAGAAGAUUCCAUCCCUCCUAAUGAUUGCAAGAAGGAGAUCAUGGUGGGACCUCAGUACCAGGCAGUAGUCCCUCUCCUGCACUUGAACAGGCAGGGUGAAAAAGUCUAUGAAAACGAUGACCAGUUGCUGUGGGAUCCAAACAUCCUCCCUGAGAGGGAGGUGGAAGAAUUCCUCUUCCGAGCCAUCAAGAGGAGAUGGGAUGAAGUCUCCAGUGCCGGCCUUCCGGAAGGAGAGAUGGUGAAGGAUAACGAACAAGCACUCUACGAAUUGGUGAAAUGUAACUUCAAUGCAGAAGAAGCGUUGCGGCGGCUCCGGUUCAACGUGAAGGUCAUUCGAGAUGAGCUCUGUGCCUGGAGCGAAGAAGAAUGCAGGAACUUUGAACAUGGGUUUCGGGUGCAUGGAAAAAACUUCCACCUUAUUCAAGCCAACAAGGUCCGUACCCGGUCGGUGGGUGAGUGCGUGGAAUACUAUUACAUAUGGAAGAAGUCGGAGCGAUAUGACUACUUCACCCAACAGACGCGGUUUGGAAGAAAGAAGGAUUACGCGGAUAACUUUUUGGAUGGCGGGGAAGUGGAAAGCGCCAGCCGCUCACGUGGCUCCCCACCCAUUGCGUCGGCCACGGGUUGCCUGGAGUCCUGUUUCAACCCAGAUCAUUUGACAAUGGAGAGCACAGAGCCGCUGAGCAUUGAGAGCGCAGCCUGCAGCCUGGGCAGCACCAGUGAAUCUGGGCACGGUUACGAGUGCAGCACUCCGUCGGAAACAAACUGUUCCUUCGACCCCCCCGAGGAGGGGCCCCUCACCAGCCGCGUCCCGACUUACCUUCAGCAGCCGCCCAAUCCACCCGGGGCCGGGUUCUACCAGAUGGCUGCAGCAGACAAGCAGGAGGAGUCCUUGCGGUGCUCGGGAGAAGCUAUCGCCGUGGACUUCCCCCUCCCGGAGAGUGUCACCGAAAGGAUCCCUUUGAUUUCCGGCCACGCGGGACUGGGAAGAGAUCCAGAGACGUUGGUGGCCCCUGCGCAAGUGUCCUUAUCCGCCCCCGAUUUCAGCCUCCUUGGCCUCGGAGAUGUAAACAGCUUCCUGGCCACACAGCAGACCUGCCCGGCCCCGGUGGCCCACUCGGACUCCGUGUCUCAGUGACAGUGGCCGCCGAGAGGUCCAUCGUGGGCCGGGCGCGGACUGGGACUCGCGGGCGCGAGGGGACAGGCCAGAGCCCUUGCUCGAUUACUGUCUUUUCCUGGGCCUUCAUGACCAGCCUGCUGCUCCUCGCCUUCCCUCGCCCGAGGAGCGCCGGUUCCCCGCCUGCCCCGCCCCUCGAAGUUUCGAUGUCUCUCCAGCAAAACCAAACACCUCCGUCACAAUUUCCUGGGCAGCUUCCCCGGGAUCUGGCAGAAUGGAGCCAUGACCCCCAUGGGGUCAUCCUGGGCAGGGAGCCCAAAGCCAUGUGGGACCGGCCGAGUCUUCCCCCACCCCACCCGCCGUCUCCACGUUCAGCCAGACACCUCCCGUCGCCGGUGGAAGGUGCUUUGGCCCCCGGACGGACACCCUGCAGGGAAGAAGGCUGAGCGUGAGCACUUUGGAGAGGGAGGGGCUGGAGGGGGACGCAGCGGGAGGUCUCCCGGCGUGCGGGGCCAGACGUGAAAUGCGCCAGGCUCCUGAAUACGAGGAGCAAAUGGGGCAGAGAAUACCUGAGGCUUUGUUUCAGUGUCAGGACUGGUGCCUCCCUUGGUUUUUGUCUUUUCUACACACCUGACUCUGUGUGGGUGUGGGUGUGUGUCUAUACGUGCGCGCAGGCCUAUGUGCGUAUGCGGAACGACGUUGCCAAAUUUUGUGACUGCAUCCUGUGUUGUUGGGACGAAUGGAAAUGCUGUUGGGUCCUGUUUCUCCUCCCUGUUACCUCUGUCUGUUGGGGGCUUCCUGGAACUGGGCAGAAACAGGGCAGU